AUGGGGUUCAGUGCCCCUCCCCGAGCCCAGGGGGCCCAACAUUCUGUACUCCUACAGCCCGGGGGCCCACUGUCAACCAAAAGGUCAUGGGUCCAAGGAGCGACAGGAGUCAAACAAUACCCAUGGACUACCCGAAGAACUGUGGAUUUGGGCGUGGGUCGGGUAUCCCACUCAUUUAUGGUCAUCCCAGAGUGCCCCUACCCCCUUCUGGGCCAUAAUUUAUUGAGAAAACGGGGGGCACAAAUCCAUUUCUCCCCUGAAGGGACAAAAGUGUUAGACCGGACAGGACAACCCAUACACUUCCUUACUGUAGGGCUGGCAGAUGAAUAUCGCCUGCAUGAGGAACCUUGGCCAACAGAGCCAGACAUGCAGUCCUGGCUACAGAGGUUCCCAACAGCAUGGGCCGAAACAGGUGGCAUGGGAUUGGCCAAGCAUUGGGCCCCAAUCCUCAUUGAACUCAAGCCAGGAACCAAACCGGUCAGAGUCCAGCAAUACCCCAUGACCCUAGAAGCCAAAAGAGGGAUAACUCCCCACAUCAGACGAUUACUGGACUUAGGGGUGUUACAGCCUUGCCAAUUGGCCUGCAACACACCCCUGUUGCCAGUUCAUAAGCCCCACUCUAAUGAUUACCAGCCCGUCCAAGACCUAAGAGAAGUCAACAAGUGAGUCAUGGACAUCCAUCCCACAGUGCCCAAUCCAUACACCCUGUUAAGCACCCUUCCACCGACUCAUAUCUGGUACACCACCCUGGAUCUAAAAGAUGCUUUCUUUAGUCUCCCCUUGGCCCCAAACAGCCAGGAAUACUUUGCCUUUGAAUGGACCUAUCCCAAGCAUGGCACAAAUGGACAAUAGACUUGGACCCGGUUGCUCCAGAGGUUCAAAAACUCCCCCACCAUCUUCGAUGAGGCCUUACACAAAGACCUGGGUGAGUUUCGUUCCCAACACCCCCAGAUAACUCUUUCGCAAUACGUAGAUGAUCUCUUGAUAGCCGCUCAAGACCGAGAUGCCUGCCUGACCGGCACUGAACAAUUACUCCAAACUCUGGGAGAACUGGGAUAUCGGGCUUCAGCCAAGAAGGCCCAAAUUUGUAAAAAAGAAGUCCAGUAUUUAGUAUAUAUCCUAAAAGGAGGCAAGCGCUGGCUAUCCCCUGCAAGAAAGGAAAUGGUCCUGAGGAUCCCUACCCCCACUAAUGCUUGGCAGGUAAGGGAAUUCCUGGGAUCGGCGGGGUUCUGUCGGCUUUGGAUCCCUGGGUUCGCUGAAAGGGCACAUCCACUCUAUGAGGCAACCAAGGAAAAGCCCGGUACCAUUUGGACAUGGACCAAAAAACACCAGCAGGCAUUUGACACCUUGAAACUGGCCUUACUGUGCCCCGCUUUAGGGUUGCCAGACAUCACCAAGCCCUUCCAUUUAUUUGUUGAUAAACAUAAAGGCAUUGCCAUAGGGGUCCUCACCCAAACUUUGGGCCCCUGGCGCCAGCCUGUGGCCUACCUCUCCAAGAAACUGGACCCGGUGGCAUUCGGUUGGCCGCCAUGUCUCCGCAUGAUUGCGGCUGUGGCCCUGCUGGUUAAGGAUACAGAUAAAUUGUCUACGGGGCAAGAGCUGGCCGUCACCACCCCUCAUGCAAUAGAGGGAGUUCUAAAGCAAGCACCAGAUUGAUGGCUCAGUAAUGCCCGCAUGAUCCAUUCUCAGACACUGCUACUCAACCCUACCAGAAUUAUUUUCCAGGCCCUGGCCACCCUGAACCCAGCUACAUUGCUGCCUGACCCGGACAUAGAGGCUCCCCUCCAUGACUGUGCCGAGAUCCUGGCCCAUAUUCAUGCCACCCAUCCGGACCUGCAGGACAUCCCGUUGCCAGAUGCAGAAGUCACCUGGUACACAGACAGCAGUAGCUUCAUACAUCAAGGACUGAGGUAUGCCGGGGCCGCAGUAGUAUCCACUGAAAAAGUCAUUUGGAUGGAGCCCCUGCCAGCCGGGACCUCAGCACAGAAGGCUGAGCUAAUUGUGCUCACUAAAGCUUUAACUCUAGGGAAGGGGAGAAAACUAAAUGUCUACACAGACGGUCUAUACGCUUUCGCCACCACUCAAAUCCAUGGGGCAAUUUAUAGAGAAAGGGGGCUCCUCACGGCCGAGGGAAAGACUAUUAAAAAUAAAAAGGAGAUCCUAGCUCUCCUCAAAGCUUUUUGGCUCCGGAAAAAACUAGCUAUCAUCCAUUGUGCAGGCCAUCAAAAGGACAUAACUGAGACGGCCAGAGGCAACAAUAUGGCUGACCGAGCUGCUAAAGAAGCGGCCCUCAAAGGCACCCCGGCCCUGACAGUCAAAGUCAUAGAUCUGGGGGGCCCCAACCUACCAGAGACUCCUCAAAUGGGAAUAAGGGUUCUGUCAAAAAUACACCGAGCAUCCCACAUGGGACAGAGAAGACUACAAGACCUGGUUAGACAGUCACACAUUAAAAUUAAAGAUGCCAACUCCAAAAUUGAAUAAAUUGUCAGCAUUUAUUCAAACGCUACCCGGAACCUCCAUAAUUUUGGAACACGUCAAAGAGGGAGACGCCCAGGGGCCUACUGGGAAACUGACUUUACUGAGGUAAAACCUGGCAGGUAUGGCUACAGGGACUUACUGGUCUUUGUAGACACUUUUUCAGGAUGGACUGAGGCAUAUCCCACCAAACACGAGACUGCACAUGUGGUGGCUAAGAAGCUGCUAGAAGACAUCCUACCAAGGUAUGGAUUUCCUCAGAUGAUAGGGUCAGAUAAUGGACCGGCUUUUGUGUCCAAGGUAAGUCAGAACCUAGCCACGACCCUGGGGAUUAUUUGGAAAUUACACUGUGCUUAUUGACCCCAGAGCUCAGGACAGGUAGAAAGGAUGAAUAAAACCUUAAAAGAGACCCUUACCAAUUUGACCCUUGAGACUGGCGGUGACUGGGUGGUCCUCCUCCCCUUUGCCCUAUAUAGGGUGCGUAAUUCCCCAUAUCCAAUGAGAUUGACUCCAUUUGAGAUCAUGUUUAGUAAAGCACCCCCUAUCAUACCCCGCCUACAGCAUGAGGCCAUUGAGGAGUUCGAAGAAGCCCGUCUCCUCCGAGACCUCAGAGUCCUCCAAUGGGUUCAUAAACGUGUUUGGCCUAAACUGCCACACAGGUACCGCCCUGGUGACUUCACGGAUGUGAAGAGGCACCGCCAGGGCAACUUGGAAUCACGCUGGAAGGGAACUUAUGUUGUGCUACUACCAAUGGCCCUGAAAGUAGACGGCAUUGCUGCCUGGGUCCACUACACCCACGCCAAACCAGCUGACCCGUUUGCCAACAGGGAUGACUACCUGGCUCCAAAUCUAGACUGGAGGGCCUUCAAGGACCCAGAGAAUCCACUAAAGCUCAAACUACACGGAAAACAUGAACUGGCUUUUAAUACUAGGACUACUAACCGAGUGACAGGAGCAGGGACCGGUAUUUCAGUCUUAGCAACCCAAAGUAAAAACUAUCAGGACUUAAGAAUGGCCAUAGACGCUGACAUCCAGAACCUAGAAAACUCUAUUGCCCAUUUACAAGAAUCCCUGACCUCACUAGCAGAGGCAUUUGUGGUCAGGCCAGAUGGGCUGAACCAAUCAGGUACUGACAAGACAGCCUAUACCUAUCAGGAGGCUGCCAAGCUGGAACACCCCGAAUUCCACAGUAACCAUAAUAAAAAGCCCUGCGAUCACGAGUUCGGGGCUCCAUACCAUCACUGCUGCAUCGGGAAGGAUCGUGGGCGCCAAAUCCCCACGCACCAACUCGUCCUAGAAGGGCUGCACGCCGACCGCUCCUUCGUGCUCCUGGCUCGGCUGGAUCCCUAG